CAUACCUUUGAGUCUACUUCCUGAACAGUCUUUCCAAGGCCUCUUUCUGUCAGUAUAUAAUCCCCCUCAUUCGUGCAGUGCUGCCUUCUCUGCAUCUUUUUUCCUUCUGUCGUCCCUAGAAUCCAAUUCGCCCACAAUGUCUUUUAACAAUAUUUAUGGCGGGUGGGGACAAGGGCCUACACCUUCACUGUUCGGUGCUCUCCCUUACCCAACCCCUCCCGUCCCUGCCAAUUACGUGACCUUCUACCUCACGUCGUUUAACCCUUCAGUGUUAAACUGCACCGUCAUUGGGCCUCAACAACGUCCCUUUUACAACUUCAUCACUGACUCGAAUAUGCCCACGUAUACCGUGCUUAAAGACGCGAAAGAUAGGAGCAUCGCCCUUGUCGAGUGGCAAUCACACCCACUAGUCGAGAUACGUGGAGUGAUAUCAAAGCAGAAAGCCAGGGACUGGCUGCGGCUGUCUCAGGACAAGGCUUCAAGAACGAUGGAUGUACGCGGGACGCGCUAUUUGUGGAUUCCGCAAGAGCAAUACAUUAAUCUUUAUUCGAGUGGGUCAUCUCCACGUCUUCUCGCAAGGAUCUGCCGUGGCCAGGGAACAAUCACACUCGACAUAGCCGCCGAAGCUAUGCAACUUGGACUACUCGAUGCAGCUAUCAUGGCUACUAUGCUCCUACAGUGCGGGCAGAAUAUUGAUUGACCAUUGUGAAUUCAAUGUUUUCAAAGAAGUGGACAGGACAUUUCCUUUUUUUUCUGGAAUGCUCAAGUAGAUCUAGAAUAAUUUAACUUUAUCAUUCGGGGAGUCCGUCUAGAACACUAGAACAGCUUAGCAAGGGACCUACACUUCUUGUGCCUAUACCUUCACCUAGUGUAUUUGUACUACAGUUUUAUUUUGCUGUUUUUACUUCAAAUGGGACACUUAUACUAUCUUUCUAUGAGAAUUAACAGAUUCCGGACUCAGUUCUGUCAAUGCUG